AUGGCACGGAAGUUGCUCAUCGUGGCCUGCUGCUUCCUAGUCAUUUGCCAAGAGGCCCGCGGAUUCCUGAUCCCUACUCAAAGAACCACGGCCGCUAAGGGGAGGAGCGACAUAAACGACGAGAUUGUCGCCAACGAGCGAAAGAUUUCGAAUCUAACGCAGAAGUUGUCUGAUGACUACAGAAAGUACAGCUACCUCAUUACCACGUACUUA